GUUUUACUUCUCCAGCCCAUCAUUUGACUGGAGCUUUUUUCUUAUUUGUCAGGUUCUCAUUCUAACUACCCGUACUUAUCCCUGAUUAGGCCCUCUCCAAGACUGCAAGGGGCCUCGUAUAUACAACGUGUUAAGUACCCUACGCGUUGUAGCCUCUUUCUAACCCCUUCGUGAAGGCUAUAUACGAGCUGUCUUCGAGGCAAUCCUUUCGAUGUCGACUUUGGUUCAGUGAUACCUAGCUAAGGUUGUAGAAUACCUGAUUCUACCUAAUGUCUCUUGUAAUGUCACGGAUACCGGGGGCGGGAGGAGUUGAAGUAACUGUGGCGUACACUGUCACUACUUUACACAUGAAUGAUAGCGUCGCUUGAGAAAUAGAGUUUCUGUCAUCCUGUCAUCCUGCCAUCUCCGCUCAAGGAUUUUAUUAUGGAGAGCAUCUUCUUAAAGUCAAUCAACUGGGGGAUUCUUGUGGAAAAGGAAAUAGUGGUCCAAACAAAUCAUGAAGUCGUUGAAGACUUGGAAGCGCCCCAUCCGCCAUCUAUCGUAUCCAUUAUUCGCUCUGGGUUCGACUUGAGGGGGGGAACUACAACUUCCGAGGCGCUUCAGAGGCCAUCGUCUCGUCCUCAAGGCAAGAUGGUUUCCCGUCCUGACGUCGGGGAGGGAGAAAAUCCCGAAGAGGGCCUUGCCGACUUUUUCCGUAGCGAGCCCCCUCCAGGCAAUUUUAUGUCGAUACCCGACGACGUGAGCGUUUAUUCGGUCCAUAAGAAAUGGGAUAUGUUUAAGGUCUUUGGGAAAAGGCGAAAGAGUCGAAAACGCCAACCACCGCUUAUUAGACUUCCGGAUACUGCUAUUUCCGCUAGAACUAUUAGCGGCCACCGAUACAUUGCCAUAUCGGUCCCUUCCGGCAAUUCGCAUUCUGAAUCAAUUCCUACCCAGCAACAGUCGGCACUAAGGCCCAUUGGAGCAAAGUUUCAGCAGGAAAUUGGGUCGGAACAUAGCCCGGCGUCAAAUCGUAAUAUCCAUAAUAUCCAGGUCUCCAGGCCCGUGACCGGGGAUCGUGAAUCACAAUCCUCAGCGUCGCUGGCGCCAAGGUCAUUAAGGCAACCAGAAGCAUUCACCUUUCUCGCGUCUCCUCCUAGAAAGGCAUCUAUGCUUUCAACGCUACCAUCACACGAAGAAGAACCUUAUUCUUCGAAGGGAAAAGAACCAGACAGGCAGGAUAAGUCUGAGAGUAAUAUAUUAAGCAAGUCGCCGAUAAGUCCUUCGGGGGCUAGCAGAACGACACCUCUCGCCGAACGUGAGUCUAGGCCGCCUAUAGGAAGCUUAGAAGGACGAAGUGAACAACAGAUGAAGGCACCAGACCUCGAACGACUUGAAACUGGAACGGUCCCUCGGAUAGUUGAAAGUCCGCCUCAGAAACAGGCUAUACAAGAAUCCGAGCAGAAACAACCGGAACAAACCAGUGAUAACUCUAUGACAAGAGGUAGGCCAACGAAAGCCGAAAAAUCUCCUGGCUCUCCGCGUAUUCUCUCGACGAACCUAUUGUCCAUGCCAGAUUUACCGGUACGGACUUCCAGCAAAAGAGCAGUAACGACAGCAAGAGCUAAGCUUAAUGGUGCUGAGGAUGCUGCUAUCGAUCGACUAGAACCGAUUAGUAGAGCUGCCACUGGUUCUAACACCGGCAGUGGAAAUGAGACGGCAGCCGGAAAUCGUGCGUCGUUUGCCGAGAGUUUAAUGACAGAUUCCUCACCAAAGGUGUUAAAAGCAGAGACAGCCACAGCAUACCACCCUAUAGUAGUUCGCACAUCAUCUUCACGGCCCGAAAUCCAUUCCCCCCUGAAUCUGAACUUCCCCUCCCCACCCACAGACAAAACCAAUCGUUCGGUGCAGGCGAAUCUUUUAUCACCUCCCACCACAUCCGAAGGAACUCCGAGCCGCAAGGAUCGCGUCAGGGAACGGAAGAAAAGAGAUAUGGAGAAGUUAAAGGCCAAGAUUUAUCAACCUCCAGCGUCGCGUCUUCUCCAAGUUGAAUCACAAGCCGAAAAUGCCUGGCCAGAGUCUCCGGUGCUUGGCCGGUUUAACCAAGACCUAGGCUUACCGCCUUCUAGGCCGUAUAUAACGGGGAAAAUGUCAGAUAUCAGCCCUAUCAGGCCUAGUAUUCAAUUAAAAUCUCCCUACCUAUCAGCAGAGACUGUGGCGAAGAAGCGACGUAAGAGAAGUAUCAGUGCCCCAGUACUAACCAGCUCAUCGUCUCCGUCGUCAUCUCCCUUAGAACCCCUAAGAGCAGCGCCUUGGGAGGAUAGCACAUCUUACUACCGCCGAAGAGAACGACUAGCAGAGCACGAAGAAGCAGCAGCGAGGAGGACACGGUACGCAGCUCACGCGCUGGCAGAGCAAAAUGAGACCCGUGAAUGGGCGAUGCGGCAGAAGCUUCUGCGGCGGUACGAGAAGCUAAAAGAAAGCCGUACAAAAGACAUGGAGAAACGGCUGCGCCGCGUAGAACGGAACGGGGAGAUUCUUAUGCAGACGUUAGUAUCUCUGAUGAAAACUCUCGACACCUUGUUGCAAGACCGACAAGUCCUACAACGCAGCGUUUCUUCGGCAUACCCUGCAGCCAGUUCCGUUCCGCAACCACAAUCGCAACCUCACAGGUCCGCAGAGGGACGAACUCAAUCCUUAAGAUCCGCACGCAGCUUUGACAAUUCGCUCCCGAUGCUACGAUCGCAGCCGGAGCAGAGGGAGAUCCCUUUUCGAAGACACCGUCCCCGGAGCCUACGCCUUUCCGGACAUGGACGCCAAUCAGGCACGACGAGAUGUCCACAGCAGAGCGGAGGAGGGCAAGAAAGCAGCGAAGCGGAUACCCGCGUCCGUCAGUCGGCAUUAGAAGCACUACAGGCGCAGUUACAAUCCCAGUCUCGAUUUCCCCGCAGUGCUCGAGCCGGAGGGCUUUCAAGCUACUCCAGCAGCAUCAGCAAUACCCACAGCGACGAAACUGGUAGCCUCGAGGUCAUGGAGCCGCUUAUGCGCGAACUUCAGGAAGCAGCGGGGUACGGCGUCGAACGACGCCAGGGGGGAGAGCGUGAGGAGAAGGAGGGCGGGACGUCUCUUAGCGAGAGCGAGGUCUUUAAUCUUUUCUGA